CAAACUGAUGGACGCAAGCCAUUUGUGGUCGUUUUAUGUCAAGACGAGCCGUUCGUAAGGACUUUUGAGGUCGUUAUUCUGAGGUGAGGAGCAGACAAAGGGAUCGGCACAGCCAUCGUUUGAGUAAGAUUUUCACGAAGACAUGGAUGGUAUGUCAGAGAUGCCAAAAGAUGAUGAACUGUCAAGCCUGGGUCAUGGCUACGAGAACCCUUUGCCACAUGGCGAAAGAAACGCAAAGCCUUCGUCUCCAUUAUCAGCUCGAUUCCAAGUCGAACAAGUUAAGAACGAACCGAAAGACAAAAUGGAUUUGAGUGACUCUGAUAGCGGAGCUCACAGCCGUGUGUGUUCCGACUCWAGCCGGCCUAUUUCUGUAAUUGAUGGUACGAUCGGGUACGCGACCAACGAAGCAGUGCCAAUGACCGUGUUUUACCGUAAUGAACAUUCACAAAGCCAUGCGAAAAAAUCCAGGCCGACUCUGCAAGAACUACAGAAAGGUUUUGGGGAAGUUUCCGAUCAACAGCCUGAUUUAAGUCAAACACCCAAUGUUGAGAACGGUGAAAACCAAACUAGUAACGACCUCAAGGUUUAUACCCAUGGAGAYAAAGUCAAAUUGGCACCAAAGUUUGGAUGGAUAAAAGGAGUGAUGCUGAGAUGUUUGUUAAACAUUUGGGGUGUAAUGCUGUUUUUGCGUGUUACUUGGGUUGUUGGUCAGUCUGGUAUUGGAUGGUCUACAGUCAUAAUAUUGUUAUCGGCAAUUGUCACUGUACUUACCACUCUAUCAAUGUCAGCAGUGUGUACCAAUGGAGAGGUUAAAGGAGGUGGUGCAUAUUUCUUGAUAUCCCGCAGUCUUGGUCCAGAGUUUGGUGGCUCCAUUGGUUUGAUAUUCUCUCUUGCUAAUGCCGUAGCUGUCGCAUUAUAUGUCGUUGGUUUUGCUGAGACAGUCAGAGACAUUCUUCGAGACAAUGACUCGCUYAUGGUUGAUGAAGUCAAUGAUAUUCGUAUUGUUGGCGUUAUCACCGUGUUGGCUUUGUUAAGUGUGACACUGAUUGGCCUUGAGUGGGUGGUUCGUACUCAAAUGUUUUUACUUGCUAUUCUGUUGAUAUCCAUCAUUGACGCCAUGAUAGGAACAUUCAUUGGACCUCAGAAUGAAGUCAGCAAGGCAAGAGGGUUCAUGGGCUACAAAAUGGAUAUCUUUGAGUCCAAUUUCGGUCCAGGUUAUCGCGAUGGUGAAAAUUUUUUCUCUGUCUUUGCUGUUUUCUUCCCCGCCGCGACAGGAAUUCUAGCUGGCGUCAAUAUUUCUGGUGAUCUGAAAGAUGCGCAGAAAGCUAUCCCACAAGGCACWCUGCUCGCUAUAUUACUUAGUACUAUAGUGUACGUUAUUUUGGCUUGGUUUGCUGGCGCAUGUGUAUURCGUGAUGCACAUGGUAUUGUUGCAACAGUUGCUGCAGUUAAUGCCUCCGUCCCAGGGAAUGUAAGUCAAGUACUGCCGAGCUGUCCUGGACCAAAGUGUAUGUAUGGACUGAUGAAUGACUUUCAGGUAAUGGAAAAGAUCUCAGCCUGGGGACCAUUAGUAACGGGAGGUAUCUUUGCUGCUACCCUMUCAUCAGCCUUGGCCAGUCUUGUUGGUGCUCCUAAAACAUUCCAAGCUCUUUGCAAGGACAACAUUUUUCCGUACAUUGAUUAUUUUGGAGUUGGGAUGGGGCCUGGGGACGAACCUAGACGUGGAUACCUGCUGACAUUUUUGAUUGCGGGAGCGUUCAUCGCAAUUGGUGAACUUAACGUUAUCGCUCCUGUGAUAUCGAACUUCUUUUUGAUGUCGUAUGCUUUGAUUAAUUAUGCUGUGUUUGCAGCAUCUCUGGCACGUUCUCCAGGAUGGAGACCGUCCUUUAAGUACUAUAAUAUGUGGGUGUCGCUUGUAGGGGCUUUAGUGUGUGUAGCAAUCAUGUUCCUUAUCAACUGGUGGGCUGCUUURGUGACUAUUGUGAUUGUCACCGCCCUCUACAAGUAUGUUGACAUCAAGAAACCSAACGUAAAUUGGGGAUCUUCUGCSCAGGCUUAUACUUACAUCCGGGCACUGCGAUUUUCUUAUCGUCUCAACACUGUUGAAGAUCACGUGAAGAAUUAUCGUCCCCAGUGCUUGGUUCUGACUGGUUCACCUUCAUCGCGACCAAACUUGACGUACAUAGUGUCUCAGAUAACACGUAACGUCGGUCUCAUGGUUUGUGGUCAGGUCAACGUGGGACCCUUUGCGCGYGCYUCWAGUUAUGAAAAUGGAUGGUUAAAAGAAAGGAAAAUAAGAGCUUUUCAUACAAUAUGCACAGCUCCUUCACUUCGUUCAGGAGUCCAAGGAAUGCUACAGUCUGCCGGUGUUGGUAAGCUCAAACCCAACACGCUUGUACUUGGUUUCAAAAGAAACUGGAAAAAGGCUUCUGAUUCAGAAAUCAGCGAAUACGUUAACAUCAUCAAUGAUGCUUUUGAGAUGAAUUAUGGUGUAGCUAUYUUGCGCAUGCGUGAUGAAUACCAAAUAGGAGCCGACGAAUAUGAYGGCGAUGCGGAUGAUUGGAUGGGAGAUGGCGAGGAAGAACAUUUUGUUCCCAAAAGCCGUAGUCCCAGUGCUAGUAAGACAAGUUUUUCUGAGAGACAAACAAGUCAAGGAAGUGGUCUUUUCUCGGACAAGUCUCCAAGCUCAGGAGGGCGAUUUUUUCAUGUCGAGCGCGCAUUGACACCUGAAAGCGUGGGACUCUUAGACGAACCGCUAGACAUAGACACAAUUGACAAAUCGGAUGAGAGAAGCAAGGAAUUUAUUGAAGGAAGAAAGAAAUUUGUUGUAACAGACGUUGACUUAAUUGAUAGUGAACAUUCUCAAAGAGAAACAGGCUCGUUUAUUGGUUCGGCUGCCCCUGGYAGUGAGUUGGACUACCCCGAAGGAAGCACACGUGUAGAGGUUGGUUCCUUGGCAACAGGGGGUGGUAUGUCCGUCAAAACCUCUGAUUUAAGCGUCAGCGAAACUUUAACAGUGGACAGUGAAAAAAACAAAGACCGCAUAAGUGACAAAUCAGGUCUUACCGAGAUAUCGGAAAGCGCCUCAAAGGCCAAGCCAUCUAAAUCUGACGAACUCGUAACUAGUCCAAUUUCCUUUAGAGGRAAACAAAAAGGAACAAUCGAUGUUUGGUGGUUAGCUGAUGAUGGCGGAUUAACMAUYCUUAUUCCGUACAUUCUCAGUUUAAACAAUUCCUGGAAGGAUUGCAAGCUGAGAAUUGUCGUUCCAGCUUCCACUCGAAGUAUCAAAAAGAAUGAGGUACGUAUGGCGAAUCUGCUGAAAAAGUUCCGAAUCGACUUCUCAAGUAUCAAAGAAGUUGAAGGCAUCGACAAACAGCCUUCUAAAAAGUCCAUAGAUGAUUUUUUGAAGUURCCYAUUCAAGGAGAGUUUGAAGAGGGAAUUCCUUUGGACAAGCGAAUGCUGAGGCAGAUCCGUACGGGUGAAUUACUACGAGAGCACUCGAGAGAUGCACGACUCAUCGUCGUUACUCUACCUGUUCCAAAGCUUGGUAUGAUGUCGCCGAGUUUAUACAUGAGCUGGCUUGAGGUUUUGUCGGCAGACUUGCCUCCAGUACUGAUGGUGCGUGGUAAUCAGACAAGCGUGCUCACUUUCUAUUGCUAAUUUAACUGAGGAAACUGUCAAUGAAUUGAAAAUGAUUAAUAAUUCUAACUUUACUGCAUUUUGAAUCAUUAUACAUAGUAUUUAAGGUAGCCAUGAGGAAUUAAGAUAAGACAAUUAUAGAAUAUUGAGGAGUCUUUGGCACUUUUGCAGUGAUAAUGGUCAUGUCGCCGAAAUCCUCUAAAUGUUGGAUUGCUACUGAAGACUAAAGAGGUUUUAAAACAAUAAUCUCGCCGUUAUUGACAGUGAUUCUUUUGUUUUAAAAGCUUUUUCCAUUUACUGCAAAAGCUUCUUUAAAAUGAMUUCAUCAAAGCAACAAGCUAAGCCUUUGGAAGGCUAAAAUUAUGAGUAUAAUAUUUGUACAUUUCAAAGUAAAUCUAUUUCUACUUGAAAUUAGAAUGAAAAAUGCAAUGUUUAAACUCUACAAUCGUAGGAUAUAUUCCAAAGGAAAAUCAACCCUUCUAUCUMAUUCUCAUCCUUUUUUACAGUGCACUUCAGUAACUUAUUUUAGCAUAUUUCGUAUGACUGAAGUGGCACCGAACUCGGCGCGAACAACGCACCGAGCGGUCACAUAUCAAUUGAAACACACUCAAUCUAGUUUGUACUAUCCCAUAAUAGCGGUGUCUAUACGGCUUACUGAUAGUAUUCAGCAUUCUGAUUGGCUAUUGAACUGYUGUUUACUCGUGAUAGAUCAUGGUCGUAAAAAGGCAAACAAUUCAAGAAAAGUUGAUUUUCUUCUCGUUGACGGUCGUGGACUGCGCAUUGAAAGCCUAUUGGCUGAGCACGGCCUCUUGGAGUCGUAGUGCACUCGACCCAGAGCUCAAUAGGAAUAGGGGUUUUGUUUUGGAAUAAAUCUUACUAUUCUUUCACAGACGGCACUCACACUAAAUUGUUUAUGUGUKAAACGACGCAAUUGGCUUUUUUCAACUGUCAACAUGAUUGGAAAAYGCCAUUUCGUAUUUUUGCUACAUCCUAACAGUUUUGUAAUAUUCUUUCUAGAAAUUGUUUCACAAUAAAGACGCUCAUUUCGUCCCA